AUGUCAAACGCCACACCUGUUUCACCUGAAGCUCUCUCUACUCACCUGUUCGCAGUACCUUCUGUGAGUGAGGAAAGUGAGCAGAGGGACCUCACCUGGCUUGACCUAUGUGGGUGUGGCCGCCAGGAUGACCGUCAGCGCGAAGAGAAGCGUCAGCGGGGCUCCAGAGGGGGCGGGGAGAGGUGCGGCAGGUGCGGGGGCGGGUUCUCCCUCUUCUUUAACAAGCGGGUGGUGUGUGGCGGCCCGUGUCAAGUCACCGUCUGCAGGAGGUGCGCGCCCUGGUCACCCGCGGCUAAGGCUUAUGUGUGUGGCGUGUGUGCUGCGCCGCUCGCCACGCCCACCACGCCCGUCACGCCCGUCACGCCCUCCACGCCGCAGGGGACGCGCAGUAAAGAGCGCAAGGAGGUGGAGGCUGGGGUUCGCUCCCACAUAGAAGCCUUGGUGGAGGGGCAAGUUGGAGGGCCCUUAGAUCCAGUCAGCGCCUCCCCCACCACCGCCCACCCUCUUCAGCGGCGGCUGUUCAGCACACACCACGCUGCUCUCAGCACCGCCAUUGCCAAGCUGUCCUACUCCCUGCAGAUGUCCAUUCUCAACCGGCCGCUGCCCCCUGAAGAGCUGCCCACAACACGCCACGCCCACCUGACUGACCGCGUCACUCAGGUUCUCCGUGACGCCAUGAUUCUGCCGCGCCAGAUGGAGAGUUAUGACCCGGCGGUGUCCCCAGAAACCCCCGUGGAGGACUUCAACUCCCACACGUACGAGGACAUCCUGGCCACGGCGAUACUCAACAAGGUGCUGGAGUCGUGUGAGGGAAAGCGGCCUGACGAAGUGACCAUAGAAGUGAGCCACGAUGUCGCCAGCACGGACACGGACAGCGGCAUGUCAGGAGGUGCGAAGGAGAGCCGGCGAGGACGUCACAAGAGCGAGGCGGGGUCAGAGGGCAGUGAGGAGAGGUCACUAACGCCCCCCGCCCGCCACACCCCCGCCCACCGCCCGCCCACCGCCAGCCCUGACCAAGGCGUGGUGACGGACGAGUGUUGGGGCCCCGCCUACGCCGCCCACGACGCCCCCCUGCAGUUCAAGAUCGAGGAGCACGUGGAAGAAGUCACCACUCACCACGUGACAGACGAGGACGAGGACGACGACGGUGAUGCCAGUGACUCAGGGUCGUGGCGCGGCUCCCGUGGGUCCCUGGAGGAUCGCAAGAGGACGCGGCGCCACAAGAAGGUGACGCAGCACUCGGUGACGCAGGAUCCCCUCGUCUCCUGCCUGCCCGUCGCCCUGCCGGAUCCCAACCAGGUCACCUCCAGGCGGGUGUCCUUCCCCGAGCUGGGUCGGGAUAUUAUACAAGACUCUUGUUCCGACACUGAGUGCUGCACGGUGAGUCCCAGCGACAUGGUGGUCGAGGCGGACUCGUGGGAGGAGAACUGGCUCUUCCGCCGGCAACGUCUGGCGGGAGUCAACAACUCCGACCCCAUCACGAUGCUCAUCCCUAACCCUGAGGCUCACAUCACCCCUACAGUGGGGAACAGAGAUGUGGAUGAACUGUCAGAGUUGUCAGAACAGAGGUCAGUGUGCAGCAGUGAGCCAUGGAGUGACAGCGAUGGGGAGGGGGAGGGGUUGUACUCAUGCUCCCCUAAUGCUGCCUCACGAGAGCUGUCCUUGCUGGCAGGAGAAAUUGUAGCUGAGUUUGGGCAGCAGGACCAAGAAUACACAGUGGACUACAGUGCAGCAAGCAGAAUGGCUGCAAGGAGAACCCCACCACCACACUCCCCCUCCUACAGCAAGCCUUCCCGGCCCCACUCCCUCCCACAGCACACGCGACACCCCAUGGAGGCAUCCAGGGAGCACCACAAUGGAAGGCCAGUAAGAGGGACAUCCCGAGACUCUGAAUCGGUGUCAGACACUGAGCGGCCGGUGCCCAAGCCAAGGAAACUGUCCUUAGCCACCACACCAUCCUCCAAGGCCUCAGACAAAUCCCCAGGCAAGCCCCUCUCAUCCCCAAUGGAGGACCUCACCAUUCUGAGCCCCCCUUUGGAUGUGCCUCUGCCUAGUGAGGCAAAGAGCAGCAGUGAAACAGUGUGGUUUGUGGAGACACCCCAGGACUGUAUUGUGCUUCAGGGGCGCACCCUCAGGCUGUCCUGCGUCCUCAACACCAAGAGGCCCAUGGGACUGACCUGGUAUCACAACGGGUCACUAGUGCAGUCAGGUGGGCAGGAAGUGUGGGCAUGGAGACGAGGGCCUACCCACCACCUCCAUCUGUACAACAUGACUCCAGCUGCUGCAGGAGUGUAUGCUGCUGCUGCUUACACUGCCUCACAUUGUGUGUGGGCCUUCUGCAGGGUGCAUUACAAAGCCAGUGCCCGGCCAGCAAAGCAGCCAACCUUCACCAAGGGCCUCACUGAUGCUGCUGUGGAGGAGUGCGGGGAGCUGACCCUCCAAUGCCAGGUCCAGGGUCACCCAGAGCCCAGGGUCACCUUUUCCCGAGGCACACAGCAGCUGCAGCCUUCCUCCCGCCUGGCCAUAGAGAGUGACCAGUAUGGGACAUGGACCUUGCGUCUCAGUGACUGUGCACUGGCUGAUGCAGGACAGGUCACUGCCACUGCCAGCAACACACUCGCCUCAGCUACCUGCAGGUGCCAAGUGAAGGUGUUCCCUGAGGGGACCUCGUUGCCUCGCCAAGAUGCCUCCCGCUCCUCCAGACAACACCAGUCCCAGAGCAACCAACAGCUCAAGGGGAGGUCAGGCAGCAAGCCCACCCAGAGGACACCCCACCCUGGGCCUCACCUCUCUGACAACACAGCCCGCACACCUUCCACUGCUGCAUUAACCACACCAUCUCACCUCCAGCUUGAGGACUCAUUAACCACAUCCUCAGGUGCAAAAAGUGGUGGUGGAGAGCAGGAAGACAUUCUGCAGGUGCCCACCAAGCCAGGCACCAUAGCCGAGCGUGAACACCGCAAGUGGGAGGCUGCAGUGCCACUCCCCAACAACCCUUACUCCCCAGAACGCCUGGCACACCGUCUCUCACACACCCGCCCCCCUGACCACGCCAUCUACACCCGAUCUUCCUCUGUAGAUUUUUCUGGGGGCAGUGAGGUUGACCUGGACCCGAGCCUGCAGGAUGGCAUACCAUGCAGGGCAGACCUCAACAGAUACAGCCGGGACUACUAUGUCGCAGGCGGCACUAAUGGCACUGCUGCUGCACGAAGCAGGAGUAACUUUGUGAACCACCAAAAACAUGGUCAGGAGCACUCCCAGACUUUCAAGCCACAACAUCUGACCAAUGGAUGCCACACACCACCCAACACCUCUCAGCAGGUCACAAGAAAUGGCCAGGAGAUCAGGAUUGCAUUAGGAGGCAACCAAAACAGUGUCACCAGCAAGAUACAGAACUUGAGGGACAGCCAAGGCAAGAGUGAGGUGGAGGCAGGAAGUCUUGAGGUGGUGGGCUCCUGCAAGGCUGUGGAUUGGAAGGACGAACUCAAAGAUAUUCAGGCAGCACGUGUGGAGCAGGAGGUGGCCCGGCUGCAGCGGACCAUUGACGAGAAACAGCGGCGUUGGGAGACGUAUGCUCGACAUGCUCCAGGGCGGGGCAUCUCUACUCUGUCAGACAGUUCCACUGAACACCUCCACCAUCCCCGCUCUGAGGUGUACCUCUUGCCACCUCGACAUGACCUGUGGAGGACAGUGAGUGAAGACACCAUCUCAGUGCCCCUGAGAGAGGCCACCCCUCAGCAGCCCCUCCUCCGCCACACCAGCAUGGACAGCCUUCGUCCCACCACCAAAGUCUCCAACAUCCAGUCUCUUGCUCACCAGCCCCAACAGAGCACUACCAGCAUCAAUUCAGUAGGCAGUAGCAGCAUAGAUGGGCAACCACCUAACCACUCUACCUUGAGCCACUUGGGAAGGUCCUUAGAGAGUAUUGGUGGAUAUAGUGAUCGAGAGGCCAUGGACAGCGAUGGUUCCCACCAUACCCCAGAGUCACCUGCUCUGCCCUCUGUCAAGAAGCUGGCCUCCAGGUUUGACACAGGUCCCCAGAAGGUGAACAACUUGGACAAGCAUGGCAAAAAUAAUUCACUCUCCCACUCCGGCAAGAACAUCCACAGCAGUGGGCGAGUUCCCCAGACUGAUCGAGCCACGUACACCAACAACCUCAACAAGCGCAAUGAGAAGCCCUACGUCAUGAAGGAGGUAAGGUCUCUGGCCAAACCAUCACCUCCCCCAGACCCUGACACAUACAGUAGUGAUAACUGGGAGUCUGAUGAUGCAGAGACAGUGACCAGCAUGAGCCUGCCCCCAACUCCAGUCUCUCUCAGUAACAAAUACAGCUUUAGUACCUCUAGCCUCAUUGACACAGACUCAUCCCACUUUGACCCCAAGGACACAGAUACACAGGCCCCUGGGACUUUCUUUGGGGUGACCCUCCGUAGGACAAACAGGAGUUCUCCUGUCCAUGUGUACAGCAGAAAACGGGACUCCACCUCCAGUGAAUCUUCCCGUGCUGACCAGAAAGAGAUGAACUUAAGACGGCUGUCAAGCACAAGUGAGGCAAGUGUGGAGCAAGUACAGGGGCCCUCCAGUGUGGGGCGGCAGCAGACGCCCUCUAGUAGUGAAGAGGAUGCACCUGCUACCCUGCGACAGUCCACGAUCAUCAAGGUGGAUCAAAAUCCACGAUUCAGUUUUAGUGGUCAUCAGAAUUCAGUUCCUUUCAGAAAGUAUGCAAAAUCCCAAAGCCUGGUAGACCUGCAUCAACCAGAAAACCAGAGUCCUCCACCUUCUUUCUCCAGGCAGCAGCACAACUCACCAAGUGUAAGAGGUUAUGCAUUUGCACCAAAAGGAAAAAGAAGCAUGUCUAACUUCUUGAGAGCAUAUACAAGGCAGAAGUCCCUUCAUGAUAUUCAUCAAAUUGAUGAGAAGGCUGAGGAAAAUUUCAGCAUUCAGGGAGCAGAUGAUGACUACAUUCAGCAGAGGUUCCUAGAUCAGAGAAAGGAGCCUGCAUCACUGCCUACAACUCUCAGGAAAGCCAAGAGUGAGAAGACCCUUACAAGUAUUGGUAAUGAUUCAAAGAAUCCACUGGAUUUAAACACUAUUGCAAGUAGUAAGAAAUCACAAUCCCCAAAGAGAAUGUAUGAGCCAACAACAGUGAAUGGCUCCACGAAGAAAGAAAUCAUGCACAAAAACACCAGCACAACCUCAGCACCUAAAGACUCUGUCCAGGCCAGUGUUGCAUUAGUGACAACACCCAGCCAGGAGGCAAAAGCCAGUGUUGCAGUAGUGACAACGCCCAGCCAGGAGACAAAACCCAGUGUUGCAGUAGUGACAACACCUAGCCAGGAGACAAAAGCCAGUGUUGCAGUAGCAACAACACCCAACCAGGAGACAAAAGCCAGUGUUACAGUAGUGACAACACCCAGCCAGGAGAUGAAAGCCAGUGUUGCAAUAGUGACAAUGCCCAGCCAGGAGACAAACAGUGUUGAAGAAAAGAUUGCAGACAUGGAAAAAAGUGUGCCAAAAGUGACUGGUCAUUCCUCUGAAGGAAACAAGUCUCCUUUAGAAUCUCGUGAGGAUGACGAACAUGUUGCUGCUACAAUUGUCUAUUGCUCUGGAGAGGAUCCUUCUGAAAUAAUCUUAAAUGAGGCUCAUGUUUCUGCAUUCCAGGAGCAUCUCAAGAAGGAGGUUCAGCAUUUCUCAGAGGAAUCUUCCUCUAGUGAUGGUGGGCAGGCUUCAAGUAGAGGUAACACAAUGCGUCGACACAAGAGUGUAGAAGAUUUACUGAAAGACUAUUCUAAUAUAAAAUCUCUUGACAGGAAGAAACAUUCUGCACCCAUUGUUUCACCAAAGAAAGAACCUAAUGCUGAGAGUACAGAGCCUUACAAGACAGUUAUUGCAGUUGAACACAAUUCUACACAAGCUCCCUCAAAGAUUCCUCACACCUCCCUAACUAAAACUUCUAGCCUCACCAGACCAAAGCCUAAACCUGAACCAAUGCCCAUGAAGAAGAGUUUGAGUCACUCCUACUUCAAGAAUGUAAAUGAAGAGACAAAGAACUCUCAGACAGGUAUUAGUGUGUCAGGGAAAAAAUUAUCUGAUGAUAGCAGUGAUGGCGAUGUGUUCCAUGCGAGCACCAUCUAUAUUGGAGGUGGCAAAAGUGAAUCUAAUCCAGAUUAUUCUACUAAAAUUACUGUCAGUGGCAGAGCCUCACCACCAUUCAAAGGGGAGAUUACUGUGAAUGACAAACAUGUCAUUGCACCAGCAGAACCACAGCCUCUCUCUUCUGUUGGGCAACAUGGUUCUAUGGUACUUAAGGAUGCUAAGAAAGGAGAAAGGAAUAAAGAUACCAGUGACAUGCCUGAUUCAGUGAUAACAACAGUUGAGGUGAAUGAUACUUUCAUCAAAAAGGAAAGGAAAGGAAAGGAAGCAAGUGACAGCUCCCAUGUCAAAGUGGUAAAUGUCACAAAGAAAGUGAAUCAUAUAGAUUACACAGCUGAGGAUAUUGAACAAGAAGAUCCCAGGAUCCUCAAGGAGUUGAUCAUGAUGGAGUCUCGUACGGGUAAAAGUGGCAUUAGUGCAAAGAUUAUAGCAAGAAAAGAAAAAAUGAAGGAUGCAUCUGUUCCUCUCAAUUCCCCAUUUUCUCCUCUAAGAUCUCAGUCCAGGAAAAAGUCUUCCUCCUCUUUGUCUCCCAGUGAGGAGAUUCCACCCAAGCUGACCAACCAGGAUUCCCAGGAUGAAGGCGUGGACUUUCCCAGUGACACUGCUCCUUCAGCCAGUAGUCAGGACCCAGCAGGGCCUGAGGGGGACCAGCCCAGGGUAUAGUGCUACAGAUCCUCGUGCAUGGUGCCCAGGAUGAGGUGCACAGCCUCACUGCCCGCAGCAUGCCACUCCGUAUUAGGGAGGGUCUGCGUGCUGGCCCUGCUUGUGUCACUCUCCAGGGUCAGUCUUCUCCCAGCAGAGAUGCCCCUUCUCCUGAGCACCUUGGCAUUCCCUGGGGACCAGCAGCCAUUCCUGCACGCCCCACCCAGAUACCUGGAGACACCAGCGAUGACUCUUCUGCCCCAUCAGGCUCGCCUCGCCGGGUGCCACGUAGGAGGAGUGGGGGCCGGCGGGAACACCCAGGCUGGUGUGCACGCCCGGAGUGUGGUUCCCUUACUGAUCCUGCUUUGCAGGUAGCCACAGACAGCUAUUGCUGAAUAAGUCUGUCUCAUAUUUGUAAGAACUAACUUGCUAAGCACUGGGGAGUCUUCAGGAGGAACAGAUGUGUGGAAAAACAGUUGGUUGUGUGGGUUUAAAGAACUGCUGUGAUAAUGUGAUGAAGACAGGCCUUUGAUGCUUUACCUGCUGACACUUCAGCAGCCAGUGUGGUGUUGUCUUGAGGUAAAUGUUUGCAUCAAAAUAGAUAAGAUAGUGAAAUGAAAACUGCCUUAUUGUAGCUCUACAGUAGGCCCUAUAAGUGUGGUGAUACUGAUGCCUUAGAGAGCUUUUGUGAGGUUGAUAUUGGCAAGCUCCUGAGUACUUUUAAGUGUGUGAAAGUUUCCCUUGAAUUUGGGAUUAUUACUGGAUUAGGCAUUCCACUGAAACUUCAUGGUGCAGAAUUAGUUGAAAACAAAGGUGCAUAUGUGGGUAAUAAUAAUUAAUGGAAAAGUGAUGGGGCAUAAACAUACUCUUCCGCAGCUGGAUGCUAAUGACUUGAAAUAUUUCAGCAUUGUUCCUUAUCACUGGCCAGUCAUUAUGACAUGUUCCAUAACCUGGUACUGAGUAAGAUCCAUUGAAACAUUGAUUGGAGACCCUCAACUCUUACCUAAAAGUUACUGAUGCAGUGAUUAGUACAACAGUGAUGAAAAUAUAUGCUUUCACAAAUGUGGGUGUCUGCCAGAAUUCUGAAUAUAGUGUAAUACUAGAAUUCAAAAGAAGUGCCAGGCAUCAGAUUAAGUGUGCAUAACAAUAUAGGAAUUGUUUCAUGCAGGCAAAAAUGUAUAUCCAAAGAGAGAAAUGUUCCAACCUGGAGAGAUCAUACAUACCAAACCAAUGCAGGCUUAUAGACUACAGGUGUGAAUUUUGGCAGUGAUGGUCAUGUUUCAAAGGAUGCUUCAGUCACAUAGUGACUGCAAUCAUUGGUGGUAGAGGUUACUUGAAAUGUCAUGAAUCAGCAAUAUAUUUGACUUUUUGAUAAUGAAUUGUACAUGUAGGUAUAUUGACUUUAAAAGAUCAAAAUUUUCUAUAAACAAAUUAUUACUGCCACCCAAGUGACUGGCAGUGCAGUGGCAUAGAAAGUGAGGUUGUCACAUAACCCAUUAGCAUGCAAGUACUGUUAUCAUCACUGAAAGCAAGAGAUGACAUCUUAAAAAAGAGCUCUACUGGAGUAAAUUUUAACAGUUAAGUUUAUCAAAGAAAAUGUGCACUAUACCAAUCAGAGGAUUGUUACCCAGCAUACCAGGUGUGUACAUGGCUGGCUGUCUGAUAUUCAGACCACAUUUAAUUUCAGUCUCCUUGCUUGCUUCUUUCACAGACACUUAUUUUCUUUCAGUAUAUUAAUUUUUUGUCUCAUCACUGAAGCACUCUUGGCCAAGACCCAGUCCUAUAUGGCAUUUUGCCACUCCUGCAUACUCACCUAAAGCAGGCUAGCCCCUAUCCUGCAUACACACUUAAGCAGGCCAGCCCCUAACAUGCCAACAAGCACUCUUGGCACCACAAACAAUUGUCAGUUUUUGGAAUACACAUGGCUUAAUAAUCUCUAUAACUGUAGAUUUUUUUUUACUCCAAGCAAAUUUUUGACAUAAAGGGUCUGGUUUGCAGGGGGAAAGGCAGUACAUGAGUUAGCCUAUAUUACCGAGAUAUACCUGUAUAUUGAACAUAUCAAAGAACAAAACCCCUACUAUUUUGUGCACAAACACAAUAAUGUUAGCAUAAGCUUCUCUAUUCCUGGAGUACCAGAAAAUACUUUCAAGUUCAGUAAUCUGUUUAUAAGCAGACUUUAGGCUUGCACAUGCUGAAUCAUUUAAGACCAUGAUCAGUAUAUAUAUACAUAUAUAGAGUUACUUAUUGUCAUGCUAUUUUCCUCCCAGGAUCCAGCUAGGAUUUGUAGUUUUUUUUUUUUUUUUUUUUUUUUGUAAAUUAUGCAUUUUACUAUCACUAUGCUUUAAACAGACUACUGUUUGUGAAUGUUAUUUAAGGAGAUAUUGGUUAUGUUUAUUUAAGGAGAUAUUGGUUAUGUUGCUUGUGUCUUAAGAUACUCUGUAGCACACAGAAGUAAGGCAACUGUCAGAUUACAUUUGAGUUAAUACUGCUGAGGCAUCAGGCAGUCUGCAGGUCUGCAUGUACAGGUGCCUUUCAUGAGUUAUAUGUAAACAAACUGCCUUAAGUAUAGAUGAAUCUUGAUAUUCAUAGCUGUGUGUAAAAUGUAUAUUAUAUUGGAAGUGAAGUACUGUAGAAAGGAGUUAGCAGUAGAGUUCUAAGGUUUUUGGAGUGGAAUAGGAAUGGCUUAAUCUCCCAUACUUGAAUUGUAGGUGUGGGGUUAGGAAAUGUGUGGUAACAGAAUAUGGGAAUAUCAGGAGAUAAGUAUAGUCAUGCACUCCUGCUACUGAAAAUUGCAUGCUGAACUAUGUGCUGCAAAUGGAAGAGUCCUGCUCCCAAAGUGUGUCAGUACCUCCUAUGUGCUGUAGUCCUGUUAGUGGAUUAAGAUGUUCCCUGUUACUGGCUUGUAGCUGUUUUUACAUUUUGUAUAUUUGUACAUACCAGAAUGUUUAGUAUAAUCAUAAAACAGCUCAGUUUUAGGCUCACACUUCAGUGCUGCCAAGUGGAAAAAUUUAGUGUUGUGGGACCUAUAUGUGAGUAUAGUAUUCCUUCAAAUGUAAUUAUUACUUGUACAUGUGUAGAUAUGUUUUGAAAUGAUGGUCUAUUGGUGUGGAUUGCCAAAACAUUAUAUGCAACUUCCUACAUAAUAAAACUGUUAGUGUCGAAAUAGGAUUGAAAACAUCUUGUUUCUUACUUUUCAAGUAAAUUUUCUCAUUUCAUUUAUACAAAAGAUGACGAUGCCAACACACCCCACACAUUACAAGGGGCAUGUUGGUAAAUAACCCUCAUUGACCAAGUAUCCUAUUAGAGAUAAUUUAGAUCAAAGCAUCUGUGAUUCUUAUCCUCGAGAAAUUCUCUACCCAUCCAUGAGGAUUUUAUAGUUCAUUCAAUCAUAGCUUGCAACUGGAGCCUAAAUCACUUUUGUAGUAACCUUGUUGCUGAUUGUGUGGCUUUGUCAGCCUGUCUCCCACUUACAGUAAACACCAGCUUCUCCACAGUGCAAGUUCUACUUCUCUUCCCUCAUCUCCCUCACUUUGAACAAGACGAUUUUUUACCAAAAAUAAUUCAUAUAAUGCAAGUCAAGGAUAGAGUUAAAAUAUUUAUACCACUUUGUUCAAUUGCCUUUUUUUCAUGGAUGUAAUUAUCAUAAUGUUGUAAAUAAACACAAGUGGUAUGUGGAGCAAAGUUUGCAUAAACAUUAUAUUAUUAUUGGAUUUUAGGUAAGGCAGAAAAAAAAAGUGGCAAGUAGCUUUAUCUUCAGUUGCUGACUCAAGAUAACAGCUGUGUGCACAUGUUUGUCCUCAUGAUGCCAAGCCACUUUUGUCUUGCAUCUACAGCUAGGGAUAAAAAGUUGCUUACCAUCCUUCUUUUCUGCCUUUUGUCUUGCAUCUACAGCUAGGGAUAAAAAGUUGCUUACCAUCCUUCUUUUCUGCCUUAUCUGAAAUCUAAUGCUACUAACAGCAGCAUUAGAUUGAGAACUUUAUCACACACACAGUACCUCUAUUUUUUUAAAUUUUGGUAUGGUAAUUUAAAAAAGCAGCUUUCAAGUUCAUUUUUAACGUACAUGAUUAUUUUUUCCCUGUAUCUUUUAACAUUAAAUGAGUGUUUAUGCUAAGCAGAGCACUGACUAACUGAGCUACAGAUCAAUGAGCAACAAGGUUAAAAAAGCAGCUCAGGGUCCAGCUGUGUGCUACAAGGAAAUGGACUACAGUAGUCCUACAUUUUGCCCUGAAGUACAAGGUCUGUCACAAAGUAUCUGACCUUACAUUAAUGAACUAACAGUAACUUGUAUUUUGUAGGUUAUACCUAUGAUUUUCUUUAGCGUGCCCUUAGUGGCUCCAUUGCUGGGAGCAUUUCUGUAAAAUUCUGUAUCAGGAGCAUAGUUACAUUCUGUUUGAUAGCUCCUUAGCUCUGAAUUAGAAUAUUUUUAGUACCAUUGCUUAUGGAACAGCUAGAUAUCACAGGGAGUCAUAUCUAGAAAGUAAGGAAUCUGAUGAACUAAGCCUGGAUCAGAUGUAAAGGAGGCAAUUGGCAGCUGCCUCAUGACAAUGCUCUGGCCCAUUCUUUGUACCUGAUCUAGGUUUUCUUGGCCAAGCACUGAACUUGCCAGGGUUCCUACUCUUCAAACAUGGCUUCCUGGUUGUUCCAUAAGCUGAAGAUGUCAUUGAAAGGGUCCCAAUUUGAGAUCUGAGAAAUGUCUGCAGAGCACAACACCUGGUAGCCAUUAUGUAAAAGGGGUUUCAGAAACAUUUCCAACAAUGGACAAGUGUGGAGACCAAAAGCCACUUCAAGAACAUAAUGUAGUUUGAACCUAUAAAGUAUACACCAAGGCGUGAUACUUUUUGCCAGACCAUCAAUUACUGAUGAGUGAAAUGCCAUAUGGUUUCCUACUUUUAUAAUCUAUUGUAUACUUCCCUUGAUUAACUUUAAAUGUAAUUUUAACAAAUCAUAUUGUUUGCAAAGUACUUGUGAAAAGUAAUCCUACUGACAUAAUUACAACCACAGAAAUGAUCAAGUUUUUUCUUGCCAUGUGCAGUACAUCCCUUCUCCCACUUCAGCACUGAGUGAAGGGUAAAGCUUAAUGCUCCACCAGUGGAUUCAAAAUAAUAGAUGCCUCCUCUUAUUUCUCAUUAUUAAGGAAGAUAAUGUUCAUGGCUACCAUUUCCUAAUAUUUAAUAAGAGUAUAGGAAGCAAAUGAACAACUUUCAUUUGCUUCAGUACCUGUGGAUGGCUUGGCAAGCUUGCCGAGGGAUGCGGUGGCUUUAGACCUGUUAAAAUGUGUGGGAAUUCCUGCCUCCACAUAAUGAUUCUUUCCUCUUAUUCCUUUAUUCUGGUGUUGAGUGCCAUAACUUGUCAUUCUGGUUGUUUUCUUUCAUUAACCUUAGUCUAAUUCUGACAUCCUGUAAGAACAUGAAGCUUCAUUAAUCAACAAUAAAUAUACUAUACAUAUAUACAGC